AUGGAAUCAUGGAGUUUACAUUUCCCCAUCUUUCCUCCCACUCGACAUCUUCCCCACUCCCCUUCUUCCCCCUUCUUGGGGAUUGGAGUGACCGAGCCUCAGGGGCGACCUCACCAGGUGAAGGGAGGAGGAGGGGAAGGAGGAGGGGAAGGGAGGGACGAGGGCGUCCCCCGCAUCUCAUCCCUCACCCCCUCAUCCCUUCAUCCCUCAUCCCACGCCUCCCUCAUCCCCUGCUUCCCUCAUCCCUCACCCUCUCAUCCCUCACCCCCUCAUCCCUUCAUCCCUCAUCCCACGCCUCCCUCACCCCAUGCUUCCCUCAUCCCUCACCUCUUCAUCCCUCACCCCUUCAUCCCUCACCCCUUCAUUCCUCACCCGUCAUGCCUCAACCCUCACUCCCCCACCCUUCACCAUCUGAUCCCCCACCUCCCUCAUCCCUCGCCCCCUUAUCCCAUGCACCCCUCACCCCUCCCCCCUCAUCCCACAAAAUGGGGAGCAGAAGAUGAAGCCCUCAAGGUUUGA